UACCACUCGCUCCCGUCGCCGUCCGCCUUUUCCCGCGAUCCCAGCCGCCCUCUCCCGCCGUCCUCCGCCGCGCGUACCCCCCCCUGAGGCCGCCGCCCGCAAUGGCGGCGCCGCACCCGUCGAGCGAGCUGUUGGUGACGCCGAAGACGGCGACGAAGGAUGAGGCCUCCUGCAAUGCGGCCACCCCGACCAAGCCCACGCCGGUGUCACCCGGAGAGAUGCGCGCGGUGGCGCGCAAGUUCGCCGACCAGCCCGUACAGAACCCAGAGGAUGGCGUCUGGGCUGUCCUGACGGCCAUCUCUAAGAAUGCUCGCCUGCGCCCUGAGGGAAUGAACAUUCUUUUGAGCGCUGAUGAGCACUACCUAGGCCGCAUCGUUCAGGAAGCCAGCUUCAGGAUUUCUUGUCCGCAGAUCAGUGCGAAACAUUGCAAGAUAUAUAGGGACACCGUGUUGGGGGAGCUGAACCGCAAUGAGCCUGUACCUGUUUUCCUCAAGGACACAAGCUCAAAUGGGACAUUCAUCAACUGGACAAAGCUUAAGAAAACUUCACCUCCAACCAAGCUUAAUCAUGGGGACAUUAUAUCACUUGUCUCAGCUCCUCAUGACAAUACUUCCUAUGCAUUUGUCUACCGUGAAGUUAAUGCUGUCAGUUGCACAGAUAAUGAAGUUACAAUCCUUAAAAGGAAGUCAGAUGAGAUCCGUUCUGAAAGCAAGAGACUGAAGGGUCUUGGGAUUGGUUCCCUCGAUGGUCCUGUUUCACUAGAUGAUGUUCGCCGACUAGAAAAAUCUAAUGCUGAGCUCAGGGAACAACUUGAGGAACAUGUUGUCACAAUUGAGACUUUGAGAACUCAAAUUAAAAUUUCUGAAGUACAGCAUGAAAAGGAAUUGAAGGAGUUGAAAGAGAUUAUAUCAAGUUCUUAUGUUGAUCAAGCAAAAUCUCUUCAGCAAACACUAGAGGACAAGCAGAAACAAAUAGAUUCACUUAGUACAUCAAAUACAGAGCUGCAGAAUUCAAUAAAAGAUCUGGAUGAGAGGCUUGACGCAUAUAAGCAAUCACGUGCGGAGGCUGAUGAGAUAAUUCAGAGCCAGAAAUCAAAUAUAUGUGAGCUUGAGGCACAGCUAAGUGAGGAAAGAAACUUGCGAAGAGAAGAGCGUGAUAAGGCUGCAGAAGACUUAAAGUCUGCAUUGCAUAAAGCGAAUGCAGAAGCUCAAGAAGAAAUCAAUAGACAGGCUGAGGCUUACCUUAGACAACAACGAGAACAGAAAGAAGUUAUUAGCAAGCUUCAGGAAUCUGAAAAGGAAAUCCGUUUGCUUGUGGAAACGUUGAGAUCUAAGCUAGAAGACACUCGAGAGAACCUUGUAACGUCUGAGAAAAAAGCGAGAGAACUGGAAGCUCAACUUCAGGAUGAGCAACUUGUAUCUUCCAACAAUCAGAAGAAAGCAGAGAAACUGGAAACAGAAUUGAGAAAAGUGAAGAAAGAACUUGAGCAUGAGAAGGCUGCUCGGGAAGAAGCAUGGGCAAAGGUAUCAGCUCUUGAGCUUGAAAUAGCUGCUACAAUUAGAGAUCUAUCAAUUGAGAAACAGAGGUAUCAAGGAGCAAGAGAGAGAAUUAUUUUACGGGAGACUCAGCUGCGUGCUUUCUAUUCAACUACAGAGGAAAUAUCUUCUCUGUUCGCAAAACAGCAGGAACAGCUUAAAGCUAUGCAGAGAACUCUGGAGGAUGAAGAGAAUUAUGAGAACACUAUAAUGGGCGAUGAUCUCAAUAAGGUGCCACUGGCAACCGUAACAGCUGACAAUGCCCGUGUAAGGGUAGACUACUCAAAAAAUACAAUGGAAGCUUCUGGUGCUUCAACAGAGAAUGCCCAGGCAAGUGAACAAAGUUCCAGUGGUGAUGAUUCCAAGGAGACUGAGCAACAGGAUGAUUUUACCAGAGUUGAAGGUGCAAACACUCAGGAGUGCAAUAGUCCAGAAACACCAACAGAGAGAUUCAGGUCUGAUUCACAUGGUGAUCAUGCUGCUACAGCUCCAGAGCUAGAGCCAACAGAUACAGAGCAAGUUCCUGAGACAGAAAGCCAAGCUGGUAACAUUGGCUGUCGUGAUCAGAAUUCAGCUCUUCAAAGAUUUAGCGAUAUGGGAGGUGAUACCAUGCAGCUAGAUGAUGAAAUGCAACCACAAGAGAAUGAUGAAACCACUUUGAUUUGCAAUGAUGGAGGGCAAUCGCAACGAAAUGAGGAACCAUCAUUAGCUCUCAAAGGUGGCAUUGGUCACUGUUCCGAACAAAAACAUGAGGUUGGCUGUUCUGAGAACAAACAUGAGGACAUCCAAACCAGAACUAUUGGGACAGCUGAUUUGUUGGCCUCAGAAGUUGCUGGUAGCUGGGCAGUGGAAACAGGUCCAUCUGUCAAUGGGGAGAAUGAGUCUCCUAGGAGCUUGGGGGAGGCUACGGACCAUGCUGGGGAGCAGGACGAAAAUGUCAGAGGGGUCACAGCAGUUGAUGCUUCGGUGAAUUCCGAUGGACAGGCUGCUGGGAGUCAGAGUAAUAUUGAUAAUGUUAUCACCAAAAUAACUGAUCAUCAUCGUAUUCUUAAUGCUAUGAUUGAAAUUGUUGAUCCAGAUUUCAGAAAACAACUCCCAGGAAGUGGUGUUGGAAAAGACGAUUUGAUGUCUGAUGCCGAGACUGAGGAAGGCAGUGAGGCGGAGGAUACAAGUAGCGACAGUGAGGAGGUCAUGGUUGAAGAUUCUGUUGGCUAGGCUAAAAGGCUGCUAAUUUUUCUCGUAAAUAUCUCAUCAGCCAUUUUUAUCCUGCACUCGGGUAUGAGCUUGUAACAUUUCGAUUCCAAGCAUUUUUUUUUCUAAUUUACUGUAUCAUUUAAGUAUUGUGUAUGGUUGUUAAUGUCAAUUUUAUGUAAUGUUCACCACGGGGGUGAUUGUUUGGGUGAUUCAGGAAAAAAAUCAAAUGUCAUUUACAA